UACAAGGUGGCUAGCUGAUUAUCAUUGUGACGCAACAGUGCACAAGAUAAUGGUUGCAGCAUGACUGAUAAGGUCCCCCCCUUAGAUGGCGUCCGCCAGUAUACAACAACUACACGCCAUAAUCACAGCAACCACACGCCAUAAUAUUCCCCCUCGCGAGCCUUCGUGUUCUCACCCUCUUCCACCAUUAUUCUGGAAUAAGUUGACGUGUUGCAUAGUGCUUCUGAAGACUCGAAUAGUAAUGCAUUAAACAAACUCAGUAACUACUAUAUCUAAUCAGCUUAGUGCCGACAGUUGUGAAAAAGACGCGGUUGCAGAAUUAAGUGUUAUCCUAGAAGAGAGACCGUAGAUCUUAAUUACUCGUAUUAAGACCUCCCUCUCCAUCCUGAAGAGAUAACUAGUAGGUUACGACUCGACAUUUAUGGUGAUGCUUUUAGUUUACUGAAAACUGUACAAGAGGAGUGGAGUGGCUCGUGCCUCUCACUCCACAAGGAGUGAAGGUCAAACUGGACAGUAUAGACAACUACCCUGCGUCAUUCUUUCGAAAAUCUACGCUAGUUGUGUCAAAAUGGUGGAUCAGCAGCAAUUUUGUCUGCGGUGGAAUAACCAUGGGUCAACUCUGGUCGCUGUUUUUGAUAACCUAUUGGCCAGCGAGUCUCUGGUGGACGUCACACUCUUCGCAGAGGGCCAGCUGCUCAAAGCACACAAAGUUGUUUUAUCAGCGUGUUCGCCAUAUUUCCAGAAACUGUUUGCUCAAACUACAGAUAAGCACCCCAUUGUGAUAUUAAAGGAUGUAAAACAUAACGAACUCAAGGCUUUGUUGGAUUAUAUGUAUCGCGGAGAAGUUAAUGUCUCCCAGGACCAACUAGGGCCAUUAAUAAAGACAGCCGAGUCGCUCAAAAUUAAAGGUUUGGCUGACGGGAGCAAUAAGCCUGAAACUGAGUCACAUACCACACAUACCACCAGCCAUGACCGGGUCAAGUCUGAAAAUUCUCACUCUGAUACCAAAAGUGGUCAUUCAGGACUAGAUGCCUUCCCCAUUCCUCCAGUCUCCAUUCCUUCUGUGUUGUCUACUGUCCUGACGAUGCCACCGGCACUUAGCUUGGCUUCUUCAAAUUUGGUUCCUCCUAUAAAAUUACCUAACUUAGCCACCACAACAGUGAUGGAUCUUUGUCCACGAGAAGAUGGAGGCUCUCCUCAUGCAAAACGGAGAAGAAAAAUGCGCCAAAAGUCAGGUGAGGGGGACAGUGGAGACAGUGAUGCCAGGUCAUCUAGUUCACCAGGUGAUGGUAUUCAGUUACCUCGUAUACCAGCUACCAUUACCCCCAUACCACCUCAUCCAACCCACCGUGACCAACAUCUACAACAGAAAGAACGAGAGCGAGAGCAUGAGAGGGAGCGUGAACGAGAGCGGGAGAGAGAGCGUGAACAAGAGCUACAGCAACUACGGGAGCGUGACCGUGAACAGGAACGAGAAAGAGCGAGAGAGCGAGAAGGGGAAAUUAGAGAAUCGUUACGAGCAAGUAGUCCUUCUCCUGAAAACCUCGUUGGGUCUUCAAGAGCAGACUAUCUUACAGACAUCCCCCGAUCCUCGCCAAGUAUAACAAGGUACCACAGUGACCAUGAUCAUGGAUCUUCUAGCCCAAGCAAACCAGUAUCAAUGAUUGGUCGUGCUGAUGAAAACAGCAGUGAUGCCAACCAUCAGACAGACGAAGAGUGUGAUGACAGGAGUAUAGGUGACCGAAUAUCUCACGAACAUCCAGACACCCCUGGACCAUCAACGUCGCGACUUCUACCAGAAGAUACUCCACAUACACCCAGUUACCUUGGAUGGCCGUAUCCAUCAGAGACGUCUGCCAAUGAGGAGUCAUUUCCUUCCUUAGAAAACACCAAUCAAGGCCAUCAUACUCCCCAAGUAUCCUCCUGUGCUGCAUCCCCUGGACGCUCCUAUGAUCCUAUGUCCCACUUAGUUCCUCCUUCCCCAUCCCCAUCAUCCUUGUCCUCAUCCCCUGCCCAUUAUUUAGUAUCACCUCCUUCUCCAAAUCCCAAUCCUCCACCUGACCUUAUAUACCUGUCUGGGUUGAGAGGAAUGGGACUGGGUCACUCUCAACCAGUAAGCCGCCUGGAGUUGCUGACACGAGCUCUGACCCAUCGAGCAUUAGCCGACACACCGAAACCUGAACAUCACAGCAUUCUACCAUUUAACCUAGCCUCUCAUAGUCCUUUUCGGCACAUCGAUACAAAGCCCAUCCUAAGCCUAAACAGCUCAUUCCAUAGUAACAUCUAUAGCAACAGCACCAGGAACAGCACUGACAACCAGCACAACAAUAACAGCCUUACAAGUGACAACAGUGAUGGGGGAACUGUUAGCGUGUCAUUGAUGCAAUCAGCUAAUAGCACUAAUGGAGGUUUGGUGCACACUUGUGAUCGUUGCGGAAAGGGCUAUGGUGUUAGACGGUCUCUUUACCGCCAUCAGAAGUUUGAGUGUGGUGUUGAACCGAAGUUCAUGUGUCCUGUGUGCAACAAGAAGUGUACACACAAGUUCAACUUGAAGCAACAUAUGUUAUCUCAUCACAAAUAUGCAGUACACUAAAUUAUUUUCAAGACCUCAUAGCACUGUGACUUGAAAAAUAAAUGUGUAUCAGACAGAAUAUUUAAAUAAUGUGUUGUGUUUUUGCUUUACUUUGUAACCAAUGAUCUCAUUUUUCUAGUGGAUUGAUUCUCAGAAGGUCCCAGACCCUCGUCAUAUUGUUUAUUGCUUCUUUAUAUUGUUUUGUUUUUCCACUGUAUUGUUCAUUUUAGUUUUAAUUUCGUUAGUUGUGAUUAAUUUGUUUAAGGUUGUGAAAUGAUACUGUCUUGUAUAUUUUGUAUGCUAGUACUGCAUGGCUUUAUUAUCCCUCCCUC